UAGACAGAGCUCUGCGUGCAGACCUUCGGUCAGGCUUGUCAUUGUGUCUGCGGGUGACAAAGAAACAAGCUGUGAAUAGCCUUUCUUGGAAGUCCUCCAGUUAUAUUCGGAUCACGGUGAUUUUUCGUUAUCCGUGCAAUUCAUUCCUAAAUACACUGCAGCUUCACAAUGAAGUUCGUCAGGUUCUUAAUGAAAAAUGCUGCAUUGGCCAAUGCACCAAAGCAUAUUGACCAUUUUUCGAAAUUCUCGCCGUCGCCUCUUUCUAUGAAGCAGUUUCUGGAUUUUGGAUCCACAAAUGCAUGUGAGAAGACGUCAUUCGUCUUCCUGAGACAGGAGCUUCCAGUGCGGUUGUCAAACAUCUUGAAAGAGAUCAAUCUGUUACCCGAUCGUUUAGUUAGCACCCCCUCUGUGCAGAUGUUGCAAAGCUGGUACGUGCAGAGUUUGUUUGAUAUCAUGAACUUUCUUGACAAGAGUCCAGAUGACAACAGCGCACUCAGAGAUUUCACACAGGCCUUGGUUAAGAUCAGGGACAGACACAAUGACGUGGUGCCAACCAUGGCGCAGGGGGUGCUUGAGUACAAAGAGGCGUUUGGGCAGGACCACAUCACCAAUCAGAACGUGCAGUACUUCCUCGACCGCUUCUACAUGAGUCGCAUCUCCAUUCGCAUGCUGAUCAACCAACACACUCUGAUCUUUGAUGGUACAACAAACCCAGCUCACCCCAAGACCAUCGGCAGCAUUGACCCAAGCUGCAAAGUGGCAGAGGUGGUAAGAGAUGCUUAUGAAAGCUCCAAGUUUCUUUGUGAUCAGUACUACCUAGGCUCUCCCGAACUGGAAAUCGAAGAAGUGAAUUCUAAAUGUGAGAAAGAGCCGAUUAAAAUGGUGUAUGUGCCAUCUCAUCUCUACCACAUGCUGUUCGAGCUUUUCAAGAAUGCCAUGAGAGCUACAGUAGAGACUCAUGAAUCCAGCCCCUCUCUUCCUGCAAUCAGAGUGAUGGUGGCACUUGGGGAUGAAGAUCUCUCCAUUAAGAUGAGCGAUCGAGGGGGUGGGGUUCCCCUGCGGAAGAUUGAGAGACUGUUCAGCUACAUGUAUUCAACAGCACCUACCCCACAGGUUGGCCAUUCCCAGAGCACACCACUGGCUGGUUUUGGAUAUGGACUCCCUAUCUCCCGGCUCUAUGCACAGUAUUUCCAGGGAGAUCUUCAGCUGUACUCAAUGGAGGGGUACGGCACAGAUGCUGUCAUCUACUUGAAGGCUUUAUCAACCGAUUCAAUUGAGAAGUUGCCUGUCUACAACAAAUCUGCCUGGAGACACUACAAAGUGAGCCAGGAGGCGGACGACUGGUGUGUCCCCAGCAAAGAGCCCCUAAAUCUGUCUGUGCACCGGGACUCAAAGUGAGCAGAGAAGAAUGUUCCAGGCCUGGUAACCUUGGCAACGGAACAUUCAGCCUAGAGAACCUGGGGAGGAAAGAAAUAAGUACCUUGUCACCGUAGUAACCCAAGCUGAUAGAAUUCUAUAAAAAAUAUCUGGGACAGCUAGUACACUUCACUCACAUUCACAGGGUCAAUACAUCUGCAAGCGUGUUGACAAGGGCAACGUAUAUGUCGUUUUUCAGUGCUCUGUGUUUUUAUACAUUAUUUGGUUUCCAGUAUAUCCUUUGAAUACCAGGAUGAAACAAGGGCAGAAGGUGGAGCGUAGUGAAUUGCACCCAGUGGAUACCGACACAUCUCUGCAGUUCAGCUGUGUCAAAUCUGUUGGUAUGGGAAUGAGGGAGGGUGCCUCAACUUUGAGUGUCAGUGAUAUAACAUGAAUAGGAUCCAUGAACCACAGUUCUCAGUCAUAUAUUACAUCCACAGAGGUAGACUAUCACAUGUGUCUAUGUGCCUCGGUGUGGAAGUGACUGUGUGGGUGUAAUUUAGUGUAGGCAUACAGUAUGCAGUUUAUAAUGCAAUACCCCAAAGGUUUCCAUAAAACUCAACCUCUGUUCAUAAAUAGUCACUACGAUAACUAAAUGAAAAUGUUCAGUAUUGCACAGGUCUCCUAUUAUCACUGUAUAAUUAUUCUGAAGUAGAGCAUGUUUAUGGGAACAUUUAUGAAGUGACUUUGAAAAGAGGGCAGGGGGAGAAGGAAAACUAGAAAACGUUAAGCAGGUUUUGGCAAGGGGGUCCAGAAAAAAAGGGGUGUGAGCCAGAUUUUAAAUAGGAAGAUCUGGGCGGAGCAGAACAGGGGGGAGGAGCCCUAGCUCUUGCCCUCCCUGAGUCACACGUCCAAGGUUACAGUACAUUAUUCUCACAACUGAGUAGCAUGGGAGUUUGCAAAAGUGAGAUUCUCUAGUAACUGGCUAGGUUGGACCCACUCAAGCACAGCACUCUUUACUGUGUUUAUCUGCAAAGAAGAUGUCAAAGACAAUUCUGAGGUCCUAAUAGCAUUCUAAAUAAUUCAGCAUUUUGUGCUCGUUAAGAAAGUGUUAUUGCUAUUUUAAAUUUGAGAUGGUACAAUUUCAAUAUAUAUAAUCUCAAACAGUCCUAAUUGAAAACCUGUACUGUAUUCAAACAAAUACAAAAUUAGAUUUUAUGUAGCCUGCUGCCACUGAAUGUCUAUUUUGAAAGUUCAUAUUUUGUAAAGAAACUACAUUUUCAUAAUUGUGUCUGUAUUUGUGAUUUUUUUUAAAUAAAAUACAAUUUCAUGAAGAA